AUGCACGCAAAGCUGUUGUUGGCCCUCUUGGCCACGAGCCCUGUGGCUUUCGCUGGCGUCCUCCCACGACAGGCAGAGACCCUUUCCUCCACCACUUCGGACAUUUCGUCUACCACAUCCGAGUCUGGUACCAUCAGCUCCAGCACUGUCGAGAGCACCGCCACCGAAUCUGGCACCUCCACCGAAUCCGGCACUGAGAUCGAAUCUAGCACUGAGUCUAGCAGUGUGACUGAAUCCAUCACGGCCACCGAAUCCGACACCGUGGUCGUGACCGUCACCCCCACCUCUGAGGCUGAGACUAGUUCUUCCUCGGAGCCUUCGUCGACAGACACCGCCGUUAGCUCUUCCGAAAGUGCCUCGGAGACUGUGACAGUCACCGCAUCCUCGUCCGACAUUGAGACCACCACAGUCACGCCUACUUCGUCUGAAUCGGAGUCUGCUUCCGAGACUGCUACGCUCACCGAAUCCGAAUCAGAGUCCGCCUCAGAGACCGUUACGCUUACUGAGUCCGAGUCCGAGUCUGCUUCGGAGACCGUUGUCCCUACCUCGUCUGAAUCGGAGUCUGCUUCGGAGACCACCACCCUUACCGUCAUCUCUUCAGAGACUACCACUGAUGAAGGCACCACCACUUCGGCGUCGUCGUCGGAUAUCAUUCCAAUCAUCAUCACUACCUCGUCGGAAACCGAGUCGGAAUCGGCUACCGUGACUUUGACCUCUGUCGAGUCCGAGACGGCCACCGAGACGGCCACCGAGAGCACCUCGACUUCGUCGGAAGCCGAGUCUACCACAAUCACUUUCACAUCCACUGAGUCUGAGACCGAGACCGAGACGGCUACCGAGAGCACCUCGACUUCGUCGGAAGCCGAGUCUACCACAAUCACCCUCACAUCCACCGAGUCUGAGACCGAGACCGAGACGGCCACUGAGAGCACCUCGACUUCGUCCGAAGCCGAAUCUACCACAAUCACCAUCACGUCCACCGAGUCCGAGACUACCUCCUCUGCGCCGGAAACCACCACCACUUCAUCCUCAAUCCCGCCCGAGACGACCACGAUCACCGAAACGUCCACCCAGUCCAUCUCCCGCACCACCUCGAGCUCCACGACCACCCCACCCACCACCAUCACCUCGACCGUCACACCUCUCCCGCCCGUGAUCGAGACCGUGACCGUCGUGACGACCAUCACCGCUUCCCCGGUGCUGAGCCCACCACCCACCUCGACGGUGAGGCCCCCGACCCAGGCCCCGCCCUCGGACAUUGUGACCAAGACCAUCACCUUCAACCCCACCACCCCCACCACUGUGACCGUCAUCGUGUGCCCGACCGCCACCAGCACCGCCGAGCCCCUUCCUCCUUACUGGGUCCUUACCGCCUUCACCCGAACCUGCAACAGCGCUGAUACUCUCUGCAACUACUCCUUCGGCAUCCAGACCCACAACGACGCCCAGGAAGACGGCCAGUGCAACUACAGCAUCGUCACGAACCAGGGUGUUCCCGCCAGCCGUCAGACCUUUGGCGGUGUCACCUGCGAGGGUGGGUUCGUCAUCGGAUCCGCCUGGAGCGAUCAGUUUGGUGAGGCCAGGGGAUACACCGUCAUCAACGUCGCCAGCAGCAAUGCCGUCGUCUACGCUCCUUACGCUGACCAGGACGUGGUGAACGGCCGUCCAAUGGGGCGCCCUGCCCUUUAUGGUUUACUCCCGCACGCCAACGAAAGCGCCAUCUUUGUGGUGCCCAACGGGCUUAACGCGGGUUGGGGCAACCAGGGCGGCGAAGAUGUCGCCUUUUUCGAUGCCAUGGUCAAAGUGAUCGAAGAGGACCUCUGCGUCGACACCAGUCUCCGCUUCUCCACGGGCUUCAGCUACGGCGGCGCCAUGUCUUAUGCGCUCGCGUGUGCCCGUCCCGACGAGAUCCGUGCCGUCGCCGUCAUCUCCGGGGCUCUGCUGAGCGGCUGCGAGGGGGAACCCAGCCGGUGGCCUUUUACGGCCAACACGGAACCUCGGACUCGGUUCUCCCAGUCAGCAGCGGUCGCCAGCUCCGCGACAGAUUCGUCAAGAAUAAUGGGUGCGAGCCGGCCGCAGAACCGCAGCCGGCCGGUGGCUCAUCCACCAAAAUCUCGUAUCAAGGAUGUGCUGAAGGUUAUCCGCUAA